GAACCAAUGACAGGAGAGGGCGGGCCUAAUGUGUUUCUUCAUUUAACUUUGUAAAUAUUAUUAGAUCACAGACACAGACUUUCGUUUGAAAGCACGUAGGCUAAUCACAUCACCAGAGUUUUCGAGAAUUACAGGGCUGGUGAAUAUGAGGUCACUUGACAUAAUUGUUGUGUUGUGGGUGAUGUCUGUAUGUCACAUCACUACAUCCAUCUGCGAUGAGCUUGAUCAUGAAGACGCAAAAUUCUGCAGCGGAGGUUUAAAGGUGACAUAUCCAGAUCGGGUUAUUGACGGAUGUGCAAUAAUCCCUCAGGAGUUCAGAGAGAAGAUCAGUAAGGUGUGGGGACCUCCACAAGUUCAGCUGACAGGUGUUAAUGAGAAGAGAAAAUACACUUUAAUGAUGGUGGACCCAGAUGCUCCCAGUCGUAUGGAUCCCUCUCGUGCCAACUGGAGGCACUGGGUGAUUGUUGGCAUUAAGGGAUCUGGACUUGUGAAUGGAGACAUCAGUGGCGAUGAACUAUCUGCAUACCAACGUCCAACACCGCCGCAGGGCACCGGACUCCACCGCUACCAGUUUCUUGUGUAUGAGCAGCCUGAUGGUCAGACUCCGUCUCUUAGCCAACAGGAGAUGAGCUCACUGGGGAACUGGGAUCCAAAGGCAUUCGUUCAGAGGUUUGGUCUGACUGGCCCGGUGGCUGCCCUCCAGUUCCUCACCCAAAACCACAAGGACUAGAGAGGACACCUCCAAACUGCCCUUGAACCUUCUGGUCUUCAUACACUGUGUGGCUUUGAUUUCUGCACAGUUUUCAUGUUGUACUUGAUCCACUUGCAUUUAUGCAAAUAUAACACGAAUAAUCAAUGAA